AUGUGGCUCAUGAGGUCCGCCAUGAUUGGAGUGCUGGUCCUGCUGCUGUUUUAUGGGGCUGAAUAUGCCAACUGCUCUACGGUCCCCCAAAACAGCACCGACAUGCUCUCGCUGCUCGAUUUCAGAAGAGAAAUCACCAGCGAUCCAAGAGGUUUCUUCAGUUCGUGGAACAGCACCGCCGACUACUGCAGCUGGAAUGGCAUCACAUGCAGUAGAACGCACCCAAGGCGCGUCAGGGAGCUUAACCUCAGAAAUCAAAGCCUUGAAGGCCGAAUCUCUCCAUCUCUUGGUAAUCUCACCUUUCUUAGAGUACUCGACCUGUCGUCAAACAGCUUCUUUGGUCAGCUGCCCCUUCUUAAUCGCCUCGUUAGGCUUCAGGACCUUGUUCUGAACAAUAACCGGUUGCAGGGUUUUGCUCCUGAUGCACUUAUAAACUGCUCCAACUUGCACUCUUUAACCCUUUCAUCAAACCUCUUAGCUGGGCCAAUACCAACCAGUAUCGGUUUCCUCUUUAACCUUAAGUACAUGUACCUUGAUUUUAAUAAUUUCACUGGAGGCAUCCCAUCAAGCCUGCUCAACAUCUCUAAACUAGAGCUACUCGUGCUUUCUUCAAACAUGUUAGAUGGGCCAAUACCGCCCAAUAUCGGUUCCCUCUUUAACCUUAAGUACCUGUUCCUUGAUGGUAAUAGUUUCACUGGAGGGAUCCCAUCAAGCCUGCUCAAUAUCUCUAAGCUAGAGGAGCUCGUCCUUACUUCAAACAUGUUAGGUGGGCCAAUCCCACCCAGUAUGGCUCGCCUCUUUAACCUUGAGUACCUGUACCUUGAUGGUAAUAGUUUCACUGGAGGCUUCCCAUCAAGCGUGCUCAACAUCUCAAAGCUAGAUAAGCUCGUGCUUUCUUCAAACAUGUUAUAUGGGCCAAUACCGCCUAAUACCAGUUCCCUCUUUAACCUUACGCUUCUCCACCUUGAUACUAAUAAUUUCACUGGAGCCAUCCCAUCAAGCCUGGGCAACAUGACUAAAUUAGAGGAGCUCCUGCUUUCGGAUAAUCAGCUCGAAGAUAUCAUACCUGAAGAGCUUGGGCAUUUAUCAAAUAUGAAUAGAUUGACACUAGGAGGAAAUAGACUAUCAGGUAGCAUCCCAACCACAAUUUUCAAUCUAUCUUCUCUUGGAAUUUUGGACGUCAGUGUGAAUUUCCUACAUAUGGCGUUGCCAUCUAACAUUAGCAGUACCCUUCCUCUCCUCCGCGCGCUUAGCUUGCACAAUAACAUGUUCCAUGGUCAAAUCCCAGCCUCACUAGGAAACGCUUCGUUCCUCCUGGCAUUAGAUUUCACAUCUAACAAUUUCACGGGCCAUGUCCCUAGUUCUUUAGGAAAUCUAACAUACCUGCAGGUCCUAAAACUAGAACAAAACAAUCUUGAAGCAAAAGACAGUGAGGGCUGGGAAUUCAUAGAUGCCCUGGGCAAAUGUACGAGUCUGCAAUACCUCUUAUUAUCUGACAAUCAGCUGCAAGGAGCCCUACCAAAUUCAGUUGGAAAGUUGUCCAACAGCAGUCUCCAGUACCUACGAUUAGGGAAAAACAACUUGUCAGGGAUGGUUCCAGAGACCAUAGGGAACCUUGUUGGCUUAAAUGAGUUGGUUCUAGAUCAAAACCAACUGACUAGUCCGAUUGGAUCUUGGGUUGGAAAGUUGAACAACUUGGUAAAUUUAUCUCUCGCAUACAAUAACUUCAGUGGGCCGAUUCCAUCGUUCAUUGGCAGCUUUACUAAGUUAACAUACCUUUCCCUACAGAACAACAAAUUUGAAGGUCCAAUACCUCCCAGUUGGGGUAAACUUCAACGUUUACUAGAAUUGAAUGUUAGUCAUAACAAUCUACAUGGCCCCAUUCCUGAAGAGCUCUUUAGUCCUACAUCUUCAUUGACCAAAUGUGCAUUAUCCUAUAACAAUUUAGACGGUCCAAUACCUCCAGAGGUUAGCAACCUUCAACAACUCAUUGAACUAGAUCUUUCAUGGAACAAACUUGCAGGGGAAAUGCCUUCCAAUUUGGGCGAAUGUCGUCUGUUGCGUAUACUCCAAAUGGACGGCAAUUUUCUCACUGGGAACAUUUCGCCUCUGAGUAGUCUAACAAGUUUGAACAUCCUCAAUCUUUCACACAAUAUGUUAUCAGGCCUGAUCCCAUUAGAACUUGGUAAUAUGCCCUCUCUUACCCAGCUGGAUCUAUCUUAUAAUGAUCUACAAGGUGAAAUACCAAGGGAUGGAGUAUUUCGAAAUGCUUCAGCUGUCUCACUUGUUGGCAACAGGGGACUGUGUGGUGGGCUGUUGGAUUUACACUUGCCCCCCUGUCCUAUUGCCUCAAGGAGAAAAGUAGUACAAUACUACCUCAUUAGAGUGUUGAUCCCAAUAUUUGGCGUCAUGUCACUCUUAAUGUUGGUCUAUUUUGUUCUCACUGAGAAAAGGACUGCACAGCAACCAUCAUUACCUCCUCUUGGUGAUCAAUUCCCCAUAGUUUCAUACAAUGAUUUAGUUCAAGCUACACAAAACUUCUCCGAAUCAAACUUGAUAGGGAGAGGAGGUUAUGGUUCUGUAUAUAGAGGGAAGUUGAUGGAAAAGAAGGUGGAAGUUGCAAUUAAGGUUCUUGACAUUGAUAUGCGAGGUGCUGAGAAAAGUUUCUUAUCGGAAUGUGAAGCUUUGAGAAACAUCCGACACCGAAAUCUAGUUCCCAUCAUAACAGCAUGCUCCACAGUGGAUAUCAACGGCAAUGUUUUCAAAGCUCUGAUAUAUGAAUUUAUGCCAAACGGGAAUUUGGACUCAUAG